AUGUUGGCCUCCUUUCAAAAUAAAAACUUACAUGCUAUUUUAGUCUCAGAAUCCUGGUUGAAACCAUGUCUCCCUUCGUCAUCAUUCUGCUUACCAGGUUUUCACUUGAUUCGAAAUGACCGUUUAGGACGACCUGGCGGAGGUGUUGCCAUUUAUUUACGAUCUCAUAUUCCUUUUACUGUUAUAGAAUUUUCGCAACAACAUAAUAGUCCUGGAGCAGAAUACCUUUUUAUCGAAGUCCUAUUCUUCAACACUAAGCUCCUUCUUGGUGUUUUUUAUAAUCCUAGCCUCACCAUUGACUAUUUUAUGUCUUUUGAAGAUCUUCUUGAAAAGUUUACUCCUUUGUUUUCACACACAAUUAUUAUGGGUGACUUUAAUACUUGCCUUCUUAAAAAUGACUCUCGAACUUCACGCUUUACAUCUAUAGUAAAGGCAGCUAAUUUGAAUAUAUUGCCAUUAUCUGCGACUCACGCAUUUCCUAACUGCUCACCUUCUCUUCUCGAUUUAAUUCUUGUCUCUUCUACUACUCAUGUCGAAAAAUUUGGUCAAUGUGUAGCUACUGCCUUUUCCUAUCACGACCUUCUCUUCUUAUCUUAUAAACUAAGACCUCCUAAAGCUAAACGAAAAAUUCUUAUGAGGCGCAAUUUUAGUGGAAUUGACUUUGAUAGUCUAGCCGAGGAUGUAUCUAAGAUUGACUGGUCCGGAGUGCUUAAUGCUUCUUCAAUUGAUGAGAAGUUAAAUUAUUUUAAUUCCCUUAUAACACAACUUUAUGACAAGCAUGCCCCUAUUCGACCAGUGCGAUUAAAACAUCUACCGGCCCCAUGGUUGACUGACGAAGUUAAACGCCUACAAAAGAUAAGGAAUAUAGCCAAAGCUAAAUACAGAGUCGAUCCCAACGAAACAAAUCGUGAGAAGUACAGGAAAGCUCGGAAUCGCUGUAACAGGUUGUGUAGGGAUGAACAUCGACGCUACAUCUUUAAGUCUGUCAUAGAGGAAGAUGACUCAGCCCGAGUUUGGAAUUUCCUCAAAUCACUAGGAGUUGGCAAGCAGCAACGAGAUAUUAACUCCCAGAACUUAAAUUUAAAUUCACUUAAUCAGCAUUUCUCAUCUUCUGUUACAUUUGAUAACAUAACAAAAUUAAAUACAAUUUCUCAAAUUUCAGCUUCUCCAACUCCUGAUACUCCCUUUUUUCAAUUUAGUCAAUUCACGAAUAGUGAUGUUAAGAAGAAUAUUUUAGCGGUAUCAUCUAACAGUGUUGGUUCUGAUUGCAUUAGUCGUCAAAUGGGUGUCCCAGAAAGAAUGGAUAACCCUGAAGCGCCUAAUAGUACGGCUAUCAAGCGCUCUAAUAAAAAUACACAAAACAUUCUAAGUGGUGCCAAAAAUAUGAGAUAUUAA